AUGUCUGGUGCUGUUGGUAUCGAUAUCGGCAACGCCAACACCGUUGUUGCUGUCGCCCGCAAUCGCGGUAUUGAUGUCAUUGUCAAUGAAGUCUCAAACAGAUCUACACCGUCCCUCGUCGCGUUCGGCGCCAAAAACAGAUUCAUUGGCGAGGCCGCAAAGACUCAGGAAAUCACAAACAUCAAAAACACGCUUGGUUCCCUAAAACGCAUCCUCGGCCGCUCAAUCAACGACCCAGAGGUCGAGUACGAGAAGCGCUUCAUCGCUGGCGAGCUCGUCGAUGUCCACGGAUCCGUCGGAGUCAAGGUCAACUACCUCGGCGAAAAGGCCACCUUUACCGCCACUCAGCUCGUCGCCAUGUAUCUCGGCAAGAUCAAGCGCAUAACCGAGAAUGAGAUCAAGGUGCCGGUGACUGACGUUGCCUUGGCUGUCCCGGGCUGGUACACCGACGUCCAGCGUCGCGCGCUCAUCGACGCCAGCCAUAUCGCCGGCCUCAACCCUGUCCGUCUUGUGAACGAGACCACUGCGGCCGCCAUCUCGUACGGUGUCUUCCGCACUUUUGCCGAGGGCCCGGCCAAGAACGUUGUGUUUGUCGACAUUGGCCACUCUUCGUACAAUGUGUCGAUUGUGGCGUUCAAGCAGGGCGAGAUGAAGGUUCUCUCGUCUGCGUACGACACGCACUUUGGUGGCCGCGACUUUGACUUUGCGCUCACGGAGCACUUUGCGGACGAGUUCAAGGAAAAGUACAAGAUUGACGUGCGCGAGAACUUGAAGGGAUACUCGCGGGUUGCUACCCAGACCGAGCGGUUGAAGAAGAUUUUGUCUGCGAACGCGACUGCGCCGCUUAACAUUGAGUCGGUGAUGAACGACGUCGAUGUCGCGUCUGUGUUGCAGCGACCCGAGCUCGAGGAGCUGGUGAAGCCGUUGCUGGCCCGACUUGUUGAGCCGUUGCAGAAGGCGAUUGCAGAGUCGAAGCUGACGAUUGCGGAUAUUGACUCGGUCGAGCUUAUCGGUGGCUGCACCCGAGUUCCGUCGAUCAAGGAGACGAUUUCAAAGUUCUUUGGCAAGCCGCUCUCGUUCACGCUCAACCAGGACGAGGCUAUUGCGCGGGGCUGCGCGUUUGUGUGCGCGAGCCACUCGCCUACGCUGCGCGUCCGUCCGUACAAGUUCGAGGACGUGAACCAGUACUCGGUCACGUUCCAGUGGGAGGCGGUUGCGGACGAGGACUUGAGUGAGUUGGAAGUUUUCCCGCGUGGAAACGCGAUCCCGUCGACGAAGAUCAUCACGUUGUUCCGCGACAGCGACUUUGAUAUCGAGGCGCGGUACACGGACGCGAGCACGCUUCCGGGCGGGAUUUCGCCGUGGGUCGGACGAUGGACUGUGAAGGGCGCGAAGAAGAGCGAGAAGGGAGACGCGCCGGCGGUCAAGAUCCGGCUGCGGACGGACCACUCUGGCCUUGUGACUGUUGACUCUGCGUACACUGCGGAGGAGGUCACGGUCGAGGAGCCGAUUGAGGAGGAGGGCGAGGAGAAGAAGGAGGGCGAGGAGAAGAAGGAGGUGAAGACGAGGACGGUGAAGAAGUGGGUUAAGCGCGAUACGUUGUCGAUUGUGCAUGCUACGACAGCGCUGGAGAGCGGGUUGAAGAACGAGUUUAUCGAGCGCGAGAACCAGAUGGUUGAGGACGAUAAGCACGUUGCUGAUACGGAAGACCGCAAGAACGCGUUGGAGGAGUACAUCUACGACAUGCGGGGCAAGAUCGAGGACCGGUACGCGGACUUUGCGUCGGAGGAGGAGAAGAGCAAGUUGCGCGCGAUGCUGGACGAUGCGGAGGACUGGCUGUACGGAGACGGCGAGGACGCGACGAAGGCGCAGUACAUUGCCAAGUUUGAGGAGUUGAACGCGGUGGGAGGGGUGAUCAAGGGCCGGUACAUGCAGGCUGAGAAUGAGAAGAAGGAGGCGGAGCAGCGGAAGAAGGAGGAGGAGCAGAGAAAGAAGGAUGAGGAGCAGCGGAAGAAGGAGGAGGAGGCGCGGGAGGCUGCUGCCGCUGCUGCGUUUGCUGCGUCGCAGAAGAAGGCGAGCGAGGAGGUGAAGGACGAGGAGAUGCGGGAUGUCGAUUAGACGGUUGAUAUAUAGUAAGAAUAGUUAUUGUUUCAAUGAAUCUGCUGAAGGUGUAAGAAUGCAUGUGCGUACGGAGAGUCAGCGAUUAGUAAUAAGUUAAAAUAAGUCAGGAGUAUUAGAGUUUAA